AUUGAUUAUAUAUCAGUCUAACACAAAGUCUCAACAAACUGCGUAGCAUAUCAAAAUGAGUAAAGAUCAGAAAUCUUUGGAGGCGAAGAAAUUGGAAGCAGCUCGCGUGGCAGAGUCAUCUAGCAAGACCAAUGACAAAUGCAUUACAGGCAUUCUUAUGAAGGGUGCCAGCGGCUUGAUAAUCGGCACUGUAUUCACAGUAUUUUUCACACAGCCCCGAACAUAUCCGAUCUGGUUGGGCUUGGGUGUUGGCAUGGGCCUGGCCUACGACUGCUGCCAGAAACGGUUGGCCACCGUGGACGAUAAUCAACGAUAAUGACACCUACUCAGAAUGAAC